AUGCCUGGCACAAUUAUUAUCACUGGCGGAAACGAUUCUCUCGCUGUCCCUGCCACCCAGCUCCUCGCAAAGUACCCAGAGCACACCAUAAUCCUGACACAGCGCAACCCCCAGACAAUCAACCAGCCCACCAGCAAUAGCAGAGUGUACGUUAAAAAGCUGGACCUCGAAGACUUUUCUGCCGUCCACGCCUUUGCUAAUGCCGUCGCGACAGAUGUUCAAGUUGGCAAAAUUCCACCGCUGACCAGCAUCAUCUGCAACGCUUACCACUGGAAUCUCCGCACCGCUCCCGAACUGACAGGUGACGGGUAUGAGAAAACCUUCCAGGUAAAUCAUAUUGCUCAUGCCGCACUCGUUCUCCGCCUGCUCGGUCAUUUCGAUUCUGUCUCGGGCUGCUGUAUCGUCCUGUUCAUCAGUGAUGCCCACUGGACUGGGAAAAACAGCCUGGAAAAGUAUCCCCCUGUCAUUCGGAAGGCGAACGGUUUGGAUGCUCUGGUGAGCUGCCAGCUCGGCCUGAGCCAAAGCCAGAGCACAUGGGCCGCGGGUUCCAGCGGACCAUUCCCUUGGCAAGAUCACUGCGGUGGCAGUCAACCCGGGGAACCCGGCAGACUCGCGCGCAUUACGGGUGAACGCGCCAUCCCUUCUGACCGUUUUAUCAAUGCUUGUGAUCAUAGUCAAAUAGAGAUUCUACAGGGCCCAUAG